CAUGUGUAGCGCCCUGCCAUUUCUCCUCGGAAGCUUGAGAAACGCAUCAAACGAUCAGUGUGCGUGAUGAAGUGAUUGUUUGACAGCUUGUGCGUAGUUUAACUAGCCUUUCAACAUGAGUGCUGGUAUGCCGGAGCUGGGAAGUAAAAUUAAUAUUAUUACCAAGGCUGAUAUCAGAUAUGAAGGAAGAUUAUUUACUGUGGAUCCGGAGAAGUGCACGAUUGCGUUAGCAAAUGUGCGUUCUUACGGAACUGAGGACCGCGAGACACUGGCCCCCGUGCCGCCCCAAAACCAGAUCUACGAUUACAUCCUCUUCAGGGGCAGAGACAUUAAAGACAUUGGUUAUGUGAACAACAGCGUCAACACGCUCCCGAAUGAUCCAGCCAUUGUUCAGAUGUCGUGCCCUCAGACGCUGGCGUCGCCCGCGUACCAGCCGGCGGGCUACUCGCUGCCGGUGAUGGGGCCCAUGGCCACGGGGCUGUCGCAGUACGCGUCGCCGUACGGGGCGCUGGGCGUGAUGCCGGGCCUCGCCGGCGCCGGCUUGGGCCUGGGCGGGCACGACCCCCGCUCGCUCGCCAAGCAAAGUGAGUUGGUAAACCCGGUGCAGGCGCAGGACUCCUCCGCCGCCGACGACCAAGUCUCUUUCCUAGACCUGAUCACGGGCUCGCCGCGCUCCGCCACCCCGCUGCUGUCGCGCAAGUCCCCCACGGUGGACCAGGGGGUGCAGGUGAGCCAGCCGGGCGCUGGCCCGGGCAAGGACGAGAGCAAGCAGCCGCCAGCCCGCCCCAUACAGCCGCCGUCCGCCAGGGAGGGGCGGGUGGCGGGACGAGGAGUGAUCGGCCAGCAGCCGCUGCACAUGCAGCCCGGCCAGUACCAGCCGCUGCCGCAGCGGGAGAAGGAGAGCAGCGGACAGAAGCUGUCCUCGGGCGGGCAGCGAGACCAGCCCCUGCACUCGCUGGAGCAGCGAGACCAGUCCCAGAUGAACCACCAGCCUCCAGGACACAUGGCCCUUCCUCAGAGAAUCCAGCACCAGCAGCACCAGCAACAACACCAGCAGCACCAACAACACCAGCAACAUCAGCACCAACAACACCAGCAACACCAGCAACAGCAGCAGCGCGGUGGCUGGAUGAACAGAGGCGGCGUGCGCCGGGGCAGGGGACGCGGCCAGAACUUCAACCGCUCCAUGCCCCCGGCGGGCAAGCCCAAGAACACCCUGAAGUUCGAGGGUGACUACGACUUCGAGCAGGCCAACACGGAGUUCGACAAGCUCAUGAGCCAGCUGGUCAAAACCAAGAUAACCGUUGAAGCAGAGCCCGGGAGCACCACCGAGGUCAAGGUGAACGGGGACAGCGACAAGAAGGAAGACUCCGGCAACGAGACUGGCGUGGGCGAAGGCGAGACCGAGGAAGAGCACGAGAUCUUCUAUGACAAGAACAAAUCUUUCUUCGACAACAUCAGCUGCGAGGCCGUAGAAAGGAGUAAAGGCCGUUCGCAGCGCACGGAUUGGAGGACGGAGCGCAAGCUGAACUCUGAAACGUUUGGCGUGGCGUCGGCUCGGCGCGGUGGCUACCGUGGCCGGGGCUUCUACGGCAACCGGGGGAUGGGCAUGGGAGGCAUGUACCGCAGCGGGGGCUACCGCGGGGGCUACAGAGGCAUGCAGGGUGGCCCGCGCAACGGCCGCAUUGGCGGUUACGGCAUUCAGGGUGGCACCCCUGUGCAGCAGAGACCAAUUGUUGCUCAGAAGCCGUGGUAGGUUGGACUGCCUUGCAGCCAGAUUCACUCGGUUCUCUGCUGUCAUCUUGCCGAGGUUGACAUGGUAAUCGCAAGGCAAGUAAUAUGGAAGGAUUCAGCAGUGUGAAUCACUUCAGCUCACAAGAUGGAAGAUGUUUUAUUUCUUUAUGGAAUGUGAUAAAACUUAUUUGUGCUGAAAGCAGUUUCCUAUGUGGAAUGCAGUUAGUUCGUAUUUUUCUCAUGCAGAUUUGAGUGUCCACCGCAGAACUGUUUUUUUUUCCCUUAUGUAUCGUAGAGUAUAAAAGUGCAUGCAGUGACCACUGGUGGUAGUUUAAUAAUAAAUGGUGAAAAAAAGAAAAAAAAAUAUUUCAAUAUCUAAAAAUUAUAUUUGUUGUGAAAAAUGAAGUGAUAUUUUGCCAACUUAACAUUUAUGCUCAUGCAUGUGUUGAAAGUAAUCAGCACAAGUAGUUUUCAUUUGACUCUGACAAGUAAUAUUUGUGGUUUGUGGUACAAUUUAAACAAGAUUUAUAGUGAUUCUAAUUUAAUUUUUAUUAUUGAAGUGAUUUUUACAAGUGUAUUUUUCUUAGUUCCAUUGCAUGUUGAAUGUCGAAAUAGUUUUAAUAAGUUACUAUUAAAAAGAGUAUUGAUUUGGUUACUAUGCUUAGCAUUCAUGUAAGAAGUGAGACUUGAAUGAAAAAUGUUAUGAACUAUUUGGAAAGACUUUGAUAUACUUGUGUUGCAGUAUUGGUCUGGGACAUAACUCAAGUAGAUUGUGUUGAGCAUUUUUGGAAUAGUGCUGCUUCCAUGUUGCAUUUGAUUUUUUUGUUAACUAUAAACAUUUUGUACACUGUCAAUCAUAAAGUAGCAAUGGAAAUAUAAGUAGCAGCACUCUU